CUGGCUGCUUCCAUCACUGGACCACCAGAACCACCAGAAAGAAGCACCAGGACCUCCACCACCUCCAUCUCAGUCACCAGUCCUUCUCUCACUCGGACCCUCGUCAUGGACAUCCCCAUCCAGAUCCCGUGGUACCGCCGGGCCUUCAACCCUCGCCUGGCUGACCUGGCCUCCGUGGAGUCCCUCUCCGACUGGCCCCUCAGUUGGCCCUUCUCCCUUCCCCUGCCCUGGAUGCGACCCAUGACCCAGCGCUGGCUCAACUGGCCCGAGAACGGCCUCACCGAGAUGCGUGUGGAAAAGGAUCGCUAUGUCAUCUACCUGGACGUGAAGCACUUCUCACCUGAGGAGCUGUCAGUCAAUGUCAGCGGCGACUUCAUUACAAUACACGCCAAGCACGAGGAGAGACAGGAUGACCACGGCUUUGUGUCGAGGGAAUUCCUGCGGAAGUACAAGCUGCCCGCCAGCGUCUCAGGCGGCGAUGUCACUUCCAGCUUCUCCUGUGACGGCCUGCUGACCAUCACGGUGCCGCGCUCCUCCUCAAACCUAGAGCGCUCCAUCCCAAUUACCUUCGACGACGGUGCCGCCAAAGCAAACAAGUAGAGCUCUACUUGGCUUCCGGUCUUGCUUAUCAGCCCAAAGGUUCACAUUCGUGUUCAUCCUAUCUCAUUCACUGUUGCCAGUGGGUAUGUUAGGAAGUGACGACUUGUCUCUAGGUAGAUUUAACCCCAUUUCAGCUCUCUCCUACCUACUACUACUACUACUCCUAUUACUACUAUUAGUACUACUAUUACUACUACGACUACUGCUGUUGCUGUAACAGAACUAUCUGGAAACAAACUAGAGCUUUUUGGUUAUUUUUAGAGCCAGUUUGUGAUGAAGGGUAGGGGACGAGUCUAAACCGCUCAUAUCCAAAAGCUGAUCGCCGAUCUGCUGGUCAAGCGUUCUGUUAGAAUGAAACUCCUCUGCCAAAAAUCCAACUCCCCUGCAUGUACAUGUGAGGUCCACGUAAAAAAUAUUUAAUUUAGUCAAUGAAUCUUAGCUUGUUACUACUCUAAUCAGACACUAUGCUUUAUUUCAACAUUCCUCACUAGCAUCAAUAGUAGGCCUUUGGCUAUUUUGAAGCUAACUUUUCUAAAACACAUGUUCAACACUUUCAAUUAAAGGAAAGGCUAAAAUUAAAAAUGUUUUUUUUUUGUAUUUAUUAUACCCACCUGACCUCACCCGACAUAAAGUGUCCCUGAAAAGAAGUAGCAAUCUGAAAUUCGAUAUGUCAUGGUUUUUAUUAAUGACGAUGUAUGUGUGUUAUUCGGUCAAAGUGAGGUCGUUCUCUUUUCGGUUGUUUCUUUGUGUUUGGGCAGGGCUGUGGUGGCUUCCAUGGAAAAGGCAUGUAUCAUGAGGUGUUGUCGAGGACCACAGAGA